UCUGCCUUUAUUUUCUCUGUACUUCUCUAAUUCCAGAGUCUCCCCCUCCACCCUACUCCAGAUAUCCAAUGGAUUUUCUCAAACCAACUGCAGAUUGUCCAGACUCUGUGCCUUCCUCCACUGAAACAGGGGGAACUAAUUGUCUAGCCCCUGGGGGGCUCUCAGAUUCUCAAGUUCUUCAGGAGCCAGGGGAUAGGUCACACUGGUGUGUGGUGGCAUACUGGGAAGAGAAGACACGCGUGGGUCGGCUGUACUCUGUCCAAGAGCCCUCCCUGGAUAUCUUCUAUGAUCUACCUCAGGGGAAUGGUUUCUGCCUCGGACAGCUCAACUCAGACAACAAAAGCCAACUGGUGCAGAAGGUGCGCAGCAAGAUCGGCUACGGCAUCCAGCUCACCAAGGAAGUGGACGGCGUGUGGGUGUACAACCGCAGCAGUUACCCCAUCUUCAUCAAGUCGGCCACACUGGACAACCCCGACUCCAGGACGUUGCUGGUUCACAAAGUGUUCCCAGGGUUUUCCAUCAAGGCUUUUGACUACGAGAAGGCGUACACCUUGCAGAGACCCAACGACCACGAGUUCACGCAGCAGCCAUGGACCGGAUUUACCGUGCAGAUCAGCUUUGUGAAAGGCUGGGGCCAGUGCUACACCAGACAGUUCAUCAGCAGUUGCCCCUGCUGGUUGGAGGUUAUUUUCAACAACCGGUGACUCGAGACAGAGUGAACUCAUGACAUCUAUACUACUUUGCUGCUAUUACUUCCUUCUGAGUGCUUGCUUUUCAUGCAGACUUUUUUUUUGUUUUUUGUUUUGUUUCGUUUUGUUCACCCUUCUUCGUUUUUGAGAAAUAGCUUAUGAAAGAAUUUUUUUGUUUGUUUGUUUUUUUUUUUGUUGUUUUUUGCCUUUGGGGUAUUUUGAUAAAUAUAUCUAUUUUUUAAAAGUGUGAAUGACCAAUAACUCUCAGAAGGGCGAGAGAAGGGUGCAGUGGGGAUAGAUCACACGAGAUAAUUACUUCAUGCCUCCGAAAGGAUUAUCCAAUGGGGAUCGACGGAUUUGAAAGCCACUAGCUCUAUAUUACAGCUCCUUCUCUUGGACAACAAAAGGAGAUGACUGUAUUUUUGUACGCACCACCUUCCCAGUGACGGUGACACCAAGACCCCCUUCCCCAGCAGUGCUAACCCCGUGUUGCCGCCGAAGGAUGGUGCAAAACCUUCCCAGACAGGUCUCUUACCGACCUUUUGUGUUUCUCUUGUUGCUGGGUUCAUGUCUUGUCACUGUGUUCAUUGUUCCACUGCUUUUUCUAUGUUUUUUAUGAUCGUGGAUUGAUGUAAGGGGAGAAAACAACAGUGGAGGGACUUCGGGCAUGGCCCGUGCUUGAUCAUUUGAGCUGAGAUGUGAAGUGACAGAAUUCUAAACCUAAAAAAAAAAGAAAUAAAAAUUUUGAAACAAAACUAAAGAAAAACAAAGGGGAAAAACAAGAGAAAAAGUGUUCACAACAGUUGGUGUGUCAUAACCUGCUUAGAUCAGGUUAUCCAGGUACCAUCUUAUCUGGAAAUGCAGUUGUGCUUUCAUUUCUUCUUGAAUUCAUACACAAGUAUGAUACUUUUACACUGUUCUUAGCUCAAUGAGCAUGUUUAGACCUUAACAUAAGCUAUUUUUCUAAAUAUAAAGGUUUAAUUGAACAAGAGAGCAUUCUUCUUGGAACUUUAGCAUUGUAGUGCUUUGGAAAAAACACCCACACAAAAGAAAGGACUCCUUAAAAAAACCCUGAGAUUUAUUAAAGAAAAAAAAUGUAUUUUAUGUUAUAUAUAAAUAUAUUAUUACUUGUAAAUAUAAAGACGUUUUAUAAGCAUCAUUAUUUAUGUAUUGUGCAAUGUG